AUGACUAAUGAUCUUGAUAAUGAAACAUCAGAUCAGAAUAUGAUAAAUAAAACAGCUUCAAAUGAAUUAGAUAGACAAAAUUCAAAUUCAAGUUCAAUAAAAAGAAAAAACAGUGGGAGAAAUACUUUAAGUAAAACUUUAACAAAUAAUUUAAUAGAAAUUGAUAAAAUAAAAGAUAAAUUGGAACAAGAAACGGAUGUAUACACUAAAGGUGUAAAAGAUACUGAUGUUGAUUGGUUUAUGAGGGAUUCUUCUAUGGAUCCAGCUUUUAAAGCAUCAACUGCAAAUAAACCUGUUGAAAAUAAUGAUGAUACAAUCAAUAAUAAAUCAAAUCAGAUUCCAAAACCUAAUUCAUCAUUGGAUACUCCAUCAUCACCUUCUCAUUCAGUAAAUACCCAUUUAAGUACAACUAUUUCAAAUUCAAACGAAACAAUAUCAUCAAAAUCAAAACCUUCAAUUACUCCAAUACAAGAAGAAAAUAUAGCGUCAAAUCAAUCUCACGAUUUAAAUCAUCAUUCAACCAAUGAACCCAGUAGUAGUAGCAGCAACAAUAUUUUCCAAAAACCAAGAAGAAAAAGUAGUGGAGGAUUAUUUUCAAAAUUAAAAGGGAAAUUUUCAAAAGAACCUUCUUUUUCAACUAAUUCUGUACCAAUUUCAAAACAUGAAAUUAAUUUAUUUAAAAAUAAUUAUGAUAUGAAUCAUUAUCAUAAACCUGUAAAAGAUCCUUCAAAUUCUCCAUUGGAAAAAAAAACUAAUGAGCAAACUGAAGUAUCAUCAUAUUUUGAUAAUCAACAUCAUUUAGAAAGAACUGCAUCUACUCCAUCAAAUUCAAAAGCAGUUCCUGAUUCUAGAUUAGAAGAAUAUAUAAAAUUUUAUAAACAAAGAGAUUCUAGAAGACCAUCUGCAGUAUCUAGAAGAUCAUCAAUAACAUCUACUGGUUCAAAUCAAAGUGAGAAUCAACUACCUAGUGCUCUAGUGAAUGGUUAUGAUAAUACAAAUUAUCAAAAUCCUUCAUUAACCUCGUCAUCAAAUAUACCUCCUACAACACAAGCUCCUGAUUCAAAUGCAACAAGAUUAACAAAUUUCAUAAAAAGGAAAACCUCAAUUUCUUCGAAACAAGAAAUUCCAACCACCACCACCACAACAUCAACAUCAUCUAUAAAUUCAUCAACACUGCCGAAUCCACCAUCAACCAUAGAACAAGAUCCAUCAUUUAAAGGAUUAAAACCGUUGAAACGAGUUGCUUUUCAUUCAUCUACCUUUUUAAUUGAUCCACCACAACAAAUUCCUUCACGAACUCCGAGAAAAGGAAAUGUUGAAAUACUUAGUAAUGGUCAAGUUAGAAUUAAUCCUUUAACUGAAGAAGAUAAAAAAUCAAUUGAAUUAUCACAAAUGGGUAAAGGUGGAGGAAUAGUUGUUGGAGGAACAGGUGCAUUAGGUUAUAUAAAGAAAGAAGAUCAAAAUGACGAGGAACAAGAAGAAGAAAUAGUACAACCACCUAAUGAUGAUGAUGAUCAAAAUCAAAUUAAUUCUUCAGAUGAUCCUGAUGAACCUGCUGUAAAUGCACAUGCAAAAAGUAUAGCAAUUGAUAAACCAAUGGUUCAUCAUCAAUCAGCAGGAAAUUAUUAUUCAACACCAGUUAAAAAAAUGGCAUUAGAUACAAUGUAUUCACGUUGUUGUCAUUUAAGAGAAAUAUUACCAAUUCCAGCAAUUUUAAAACAAAUUCCACCUGGUUCAUUAGCUCCAUUACCUGUAUUACAAUUAAGAAAUCCAACACCAACAAUGAUUGAAAUUCAAACAUUUGCUGAUUUUUUAAGAAUUGCUCCUGUUAUUUGUGUAUCAUUAGAUGGUGUUAAUUUAUCAGUUGAACAAUUUAAAAUUUUAUUAUCUGCAAUGAGUGCAAAAACUCAAUUAGAAAAAUUAAGUUUAAGAAAUACACCAAUUAAUCAAGAAGGUUGGUCUUUAUUAUGUUGGUUUUUAUCAAGAAAUACUGUUUUAAAUAGAUUAGAUAUUUCUCAAUGUCAAAGUUUAACAGUUAAUGUUUUAAAAAAGAAGAAAAAGAAAAAUUCAACUACGGAAUCAUCAAAUAAAUUUGAAUCUAAUUUGGUUAGAAUGACUUGUAAUAAAGAUAAUAGAUCAGAUAUGGAUUGGUCAUUAUUUGUUGCAACAUUAGUUGCAAGAGGUGGUAUAGAAGAUUUAAUAUUAACUGGUUGUUGUAUAACAAAUGUUGAAAUAUUUGAAAGUUUAAUUGAAUUAGCAGUAGCUAAAAGAACUUCAAGAUUAGGAUUAGCUUUUAAUAAUUUAACUCCAAAACAUUUAAAUAUAUUGGUGAAUUAUUGGUUAUUUGAAGAUUUUGCAAGAGGUUUAGAUUUAGGAUAUAAUGAUUUUUCAAGUUCUCAAAUGUUAAAAAUAUUUAUUGAUUUUAUUAAAAGAAGUGAUUUUGAAACAAAAAUUCAAAAUUCAACAAUUACAUUUUUAAGUUUUAAUUCAACUAAUAUUGUAUUUAAUGAUUUGUUUAAAGAAAUUUUUGAAAAAAUUUUAUUAAAAUUACCAAAUUUAAAAUAUCUUGAUUUAUCUAAUAAUCAAAGAUUAUUUGGAACUUUUAAUCAUGAUUCAGAUACCGUGACAACUUCUCAACCAAAUAAUAUAUCAGAAGCUGAUUAUAAAAAUUCAAGUGAAUGUUCUAGAGUUCAAUAUUUUACAUCAAAAUUCCCAUUAUUUCCAAAAUUAGUAAGAUUACAUUUAGAAAAUGAAAAUUUUAAUUCAUUAUCAAUUUUACAAAUUGCAAAAGUUAUACCAUUUUGUAAACAUUUAGGAUAUUUUUCAUUAUUAGGAAAUCAUAUUGAUCCAACAGCUGCAAGUGCAUUAAUUAAUGCAACAAAAAAUUCAAAAUCUUUAAUUAAUCUUGAUUGUAAUUCAGAUAAUUUUCCUGAAUUUUUUAAAGAAAGAUUAGGAUUAUAUACAAUGAGAAAUAUGGAAAGAUUAUUAUAUACAAAUAAAGAUGAAAAUAAAAAUUCAAAUAAUGCUUCAUUAUCAAUUUUAUCAAAUGUUGAAUCUAAUUCAAAUUCAUUAACUGAACAAUUUCAAGAAAUUCUUUUAUUAAAAACUCAAAUGAAAUUAGAUUUAUCAUCCCCUAAAGUUAUAAAUUUUUUUAAAAGAGCUCAAUCUAUUAGAUCACAAUUAAAAGAAUCAAUUGAUGAAUUAAAUAAUUUACAAUUAAAAAAUUCAUUAGAUUUAGAUGGUAAAGAAAUGUUAAUUAGAUUUAUUUUUAUUGAUUCAAGUAUUGAAAAAGGUUUACAAUUAAUUGAUCCAAAUUAUAAUAAUGAAAAUUCAACCACAAAGGCCAACAUGUAUCUUAUGAAAGGAAGUGAAGGAGAUGCAAGAGAUAAAGCAAUUGAAGAAAGAUUUGAAGAUGAUCAAGAACAAGAACACGAUAAACAUUUAUUACAACCUUCAAAUUCAUCAAAUUCAAUACCACAAAGUAGAUCACCAUUAGUUUCAAAAUCAAAUUCAAGAACAAAUUUAGCAAAUUUAGAUAGACAAGAAGGUUCAGUAUUAAAAUUAUCAAAAUUAAAAGAUUAUCAUGAACCAAAUUCUAAAAUUAAUAAUAUGUCAGGAGAAGAAAUUAGAAAUAAAUUAAUGAGUAUUGAAUUAAGUGAUUUAGAUAAAAUUAUUGAUUACUUGGGGAAUCUUAGAGAUCAAGGAUUAUCUUUAGAGAAAGUUUUUCAUCAAAAUGAUGAUGAUAACAUCAAAUCAGAAAGUAAUGAUAAAAAUUCAAAGAAUCUAGAACAUGACUUAUUAAAUAUUGAAGAAAUUAAACUGAGAUUACAACAAUUAUCUACUAAUAAACAAAAUGAUUCGAAUAACCAAGCAGGUAAUGACUCAAAAAAAGACGACUCGAAAAAACCCGUUUGUUUCUUCAACGACGAAGAAGAUGAAGAAGAAGAAGAAAAUUCAUUAAAAAAACAUGAUUCAACAAUUAACGAAACUUAUGAUGAAGUACUCAAUAAACUAACAACUUAG